AUGCGAGAUGAUAUAAUAGCCGAGAAUGAAGAUGUAAAGGAAGCCAUAAGAAGGCUUCCUGAGAACCUUUAUAAUGAGAGGGUGUUUUGCAUAAAGAGAGCACUGGACCUGACUUUGAGAAAGCAGAUCUUGCCUAAAGAGCAGUGGAGGAAAAACUCUAUUCUUGAACCAUAUCUGAUGGAAAUUAUUCAGGAAAGUAAAGAGAGAGAAGAAUGGGCAAAGAAAUUAUCAUGUAAUUGA